AUGACCAUGACGCCGUCGAAGCCAGAACAGAGCAUCUUGAUCGUCGGAGCCGGCGUCUUUGGAGCCUCCACAGCAUACCACCUCGCCUUACAAUAUGAAGAUACAUCUAAGAUUACAGUCAUUGAUCGAACAUUACCAUCGCCCGAACCAGCAGCGAGCACGGACAUCAACAAGAUCAUUCGAGCAGACUAUAGCAGUGCUUUUUAUGCUGAGCUUGCGUAUGAAGCCAUCGAAGCGUGGGCGAAUUGGCCCGAAUUGAAGGAUUACUAUCAUCGUACGGGCUGGGUCAUGUUGGACACCGAAGACAGUGAUAUGGUGGAUCAGAUUCGGCAAGUGUUCAAGAAUAGAGGGUUUGAUCCUACUGAAGAUAUUCCCUUGGACAAGCUCAAUGACCACUGGAAGGGUAUUUUAAAAGGCACAAACUUGCAAGGCUUCGACAAAGCAUACUGGAACCCCGAAGCCGGAUGGUGCGAUGCUUCUGCUGCGACAGCGAGUAUUAUGAACGCUGCCAUUUCCAAAGGUGUGAAAUACGUCGUGGGAGAAGUUGAUCAAAUCCUUCUCGACGAGAGCAAAGUUACAGGGAUCCGAACCACAGAGGGAGAAGACCUCACAGCCGACACCAUCGUUCUCGCCACUGGUGCCUGGACGAGCAGUCUCCUCUCCCCGAUCGAAGACAUCCUCUCCAUCGCCGAACCCGACCGCGUCGAAAGACAACUCACGGCCGCUGGCGUCAGCGUCGCACAUUACAAAAUGUCCUCUGAGGAAAUGACACAACUCUCCGACAUGCCUGUCGUAGUCUACGCAGAGCAUGGCGAAGUCAUCCCUCCACCACAAGAAACCCAGCUGUUGAAAUUUACGAACGCGCAUACGAUUAAAAACACCAUCGUCACCCCUUCCGGUUCUCACAUUUCUGUCCCUCCCCCAAAUCGAGACCAACAUCUCGUCCCAGAAGUCUUGAAAAAAGAAGCGAUAGAAAUCAUGAGCGCAAAAGUCAUGCCCACAUUCACAGCUUCGGGUGCCCGAGAUGUCGCAUAUUGGCGUUUAUGCUGGGAUUCGUAUACCCCGACGCAAGAUUGGUUACUCUGUCGAGCGCCUCAUGCACGAUUGGGGAAUUUGUUUCUAGCGACCGGGGGCUCGUUUCAUAGUUAUAAGUUUUUGCCGAUUGUGGGGAAGUAUAUGGUGAAUGUGUUGAGUGGGAAGGGGAAUGGGGAGGUGAAGGAUCGGGCGUGGGAGUGGAAGAAGAGGAUGGAUGGAGAUGAGAAGACGAGGGGGGCGCAUGAGAGUACGGCGCCGAGGAGGGAGUUGAGGGAUUUGGAGUGA